AAUAUUGAAUUUGUUAACGUUAAAUCGAUUUAUAUUAUAAAUCAAAUCGUUAGUGUGUUCGUUCAGAAUCCCCGCUUUUGGUGUUUGUUCUUAUGGAAAAUGUGCAUUUAGCGUAGUGUAGUUGUGUUUAGUGUUUUACGUCGUAUUUUGAAUUAAGAGGAAAAGAAUCUGAAAAGGGAUCGGGUCACACAUCACGAUGCUUCAAUGUUCACUUCUCAUACUUACAGUCUUAUGCGUCUCUAUUCAGGACAUCUCGGGAAGCUGGGAGGAAUGGUGGACUUAUGAUGGUAUUUCAGGUCCUGGUUUCUGGGGCCUAAUAAACCCGCAAUGGAGUAUGUGCAAUAAAGGAAGAAGACAGAGUCCAGUAAACGUGGAGCCAGAUAAACUUCUCUUUGACCCGUGGCUUAGAGAAAUCCAAUUCGAUAAACAUAAGGUGAGCGGCGUACUUCAAAACACGGGCCAGUCCCUGGUCUUCCGCGUCGAGAAAGACUCGAAGCAUCAGGUGAACAUCAGCGGCGGGCCCCUGUCCUACCGUUACCAGUUCGAAGAGAUCUACUUCCAUUACGGUAUGGAAGACAACAGGGGCUCAGAACAUCAAAUCGACCACCACACGUUUCCAGGCGAGAUCCAGCUCUACGGAUUCAACAAGGAACUCUAUCAUAACAUGUCCGAAGCUCAACACAAAUCCCAAGGAGUGGUUGGAAUAUCACUUAUGGUCCAGAUCGGGGAACCAACUAACAAGGAACUGCGACUGAUAACCAGCGCAUUCAACAAAGUUACUUACCGAGGCAGCUCCUACCCAAUCAAGCAUCUGCCUCUGAGUUCUUUGUUGCCGAACACCCAGCAGUACCUUACUUAUGAAGGCUCGACUACGCACCCGGGUUGCUGGGAGACAGCCGUUUGGAUAAUAUUCAACAAACCCAUUUAUAUCUCUAAGCAAGAGAUGUAUGCACUCCGAAGACUGAUGCAAGGGUCGCAGUUGACUCCAAAAGCUCCACUGGGUAACAACGCUCGUCCCGUCCAGCCUCUCCACCAUCGCACUGUAAGAACGAACAUCAACUUCAAUAAACAAGGAGUACAGGUCUCGAGCAACUGUCCCGAUAUGUACAGGAAUAUGCAUUACACAGCAACUCAGUGGCCGCGGGAUCACAACAUUCGCUACAGAAACAUAGACGAUCUCGCUCUACCGAUAAACUAAAAAAUAAAUGGCUAAAAAUUUAUUUGCCCCAAAUCCAAUAAAGAGGAAUUAAUUUAAUUUCAGAUGUUUUGUUCCGAUUUCAUUAAUUUUUUAAAACCAUUAUAAAACAUUCCGCUUUAAAUCUGGCUGGAGAUCAAGUAAUACAGGUAUUUGAACCUUUUUUUUUUUAAUACUUCAGCUCUUUCAAAGGCUAAAAAAAUAAAUUAUAAGGUUAAUCUCUACUUGUAUUUCUACUAUACCUUUAAGGGUGGAUACGACCAUACAAGAGUAAAUCUUAAUCUUAGAAUAAAUCGUCAGUUAAUCGAGAGUAUAUCAAUUUUACGUUUUGCCAUCAUCUAAAAUUCUAAGAAUAGUGGGCCUAUUCUGGAAUUGUUACUAUACCGCCGUUUCCCACGGAAUAACUUCCGUAACGUUCCUAGAAUAAUGUAAUGGCGUCAGUCAGUCCAAUCAUCUGAUUUCUGUCAUUUCACAAAUAUUUAUUCUGUGUUUUCCAUUCACUCUGCUAUUCGCGUAUUGUUAUUCCUAGCGCAAGUAUACUAUCGAUUACGUGGAGAAACGAUUAUGGAUUUACUCGAGAUUAAAAUCAUGGAAUAGAUUAUUCCUGAUUACUCGUGUAUAAAUUUAAGUUUGGUUGAAUCCACCCUAAGAGAGAAAAAAAACGUGUGGCACUCGGGAACUGCCGCGGUAAAGCUAUUGCAUAGCAUUUUUUAUCAACUUAUGCAAUUAUAAUUAGACAAUGAUAAUUUAAUAUUAAAACAAUAAUUAAACAAGACCACGCUAUAUUAAACAUUAAUGAAGGCAAAACCUUAACUGUCCCCUUCACAAUCAUAAGCUAGACCGCGCAAGAGAGAGAUGGGCAGACUUUUCAUGAUGCGCAUGCAGUGUGACGUCACGCCACGCGCUUAUUCACAAAUACUACACAAGCGCAACGUGUGAAUGUGUUGAACGCGAGCUACAUGGUAGGCGGAGUGAAGGGUGUAAGGUUUUUUUCGUUACGGAACUUCAUGAUUCGGUCGCCGCGCUCAAGGCCCACGAUAAAAGCUAUGCAAUAGCUUAAUAAAUCCAUAAUUAUUAUUUUUAAAAAAAAGUACAACAAUAUGUACAUAUUAUGUAGAUAAAUAACUCUCUGACGAUUAUCGUACCCAAAAUGAGACGCAGGGAUCGCCGCUGAUGACAUUAUGUAUAGUCUAUAGUAUAAUAAUACUUAUAGCUGAGUUGGUAUUGGGCUUUCAUACAAAGUAGAUUAAUGUAAAUUAGAAUACAAGCAGAACAUUACGUAACUUAUUGUUCUACAAUUGCGAUUACGUAGACAGAAAUGUAUAUAGAUUAUUAUAGAUAUUCCUAAAUAAUAUAAAUUGUUUAUAAUACAUAUAAAUAUAUUAUAUUAUGAACUAGGAACUGUUGUCAAUUUAAUAGGAAGGCGAGUUAUGGCAAGAAACCCAUAAAAUUUAUUAUGAAUUCUAAGGCUUGUUUAAGGUGAAUUUUUCAUGGGAUCGUAAAGGUCAAUUUCGGAACUGACCGUAAUUAGACCGGGACCAAUUUGAAGAAAACCAAAUUUGAGUCUGACAUAUGAAUUUUCCUUAUUCAUAAUCCUUCUGACUGAUUUAGAAAAAAAAAGCCACAUAUGUCGUGUUUCCUGUCUUAUCAGAUCAACUAUUCUAAAUUGAUAUUCUAAUAAUAACUGUAAAUUAACAAUUGUUUUGUUAGCAGAAAGUAAAAACAAAAUACCUACUUGAAAAUUAUCAACCUGACUAAUUCACCUGUGUAGCGAAAAUAAAAUAUAAAUAAAAAAUAUAUUAUUUUAUAGACUAAGAGAAAUAAUUGGAGUAAUCAAACGAGUGCGUCUUUAGAUUACAAAUGACAAUAAUAGAGCUCAGAAACGACAUCCAAGUAAACAUUUAAGAAAACAGAAAUGUCAAGUUCAAAAGGCACUUCCAUAGUAUAGCAUGUACUUAUUUUAAUACAUUAUAAGGAAUAUGUAGUAUAAGGAACAUUGAGACGAUGGGCCCUUAGGGCCCUAAAGCAAAUAAAUUUUUAACAGAAAUCUCCAAACGCUUGAAGGAGGUUACACAUGAUGCUAAGGCUGGCUGGUACUUUGCACAGAGAGUGAGUCUGGCUGUCCAACGAGGUAACGUAGCCAGUAUCUUGGGAACUGUGCCUCCUUCAAGCGCUUUGGAAGAUCUGUUCUACUGUGUGGGUUGAGCUAUGUUAAAUUAUUUUGAUUUGACUUUUUGUUAAUAAUAAAAUACCAAGGAACAUGUAUAACGUAAAAUAAAUGAAAUACGCCCAGAGACAUGAUCUGUUACCGUGGGCAGUGCCAUUGACUCUGUCACCAUCGUAUUUUUACAUAAGGAGAUAUUUUACAUAUACGAAUAAUAUUUACAUCAUACGUCAAUCAAAAAACACAAGAAUAUUAUGACCUUAGAAAUGCCCUUUCUAAACGUGUGUAAAAUAGCUUAAAAUACUUCAUUAUUUAUGCAUAGAACGUAUUAUACAUAUAUAGGUUUAUACAAAGAAAAAGUUUUAUUUAUUAAAUAAACAUCCGUAAAACAAAUGUAAAUUGAAAUAUUAGUAAAGUGCUUUUUACAAAAUUUGCUUAGUAAACGCAGCAAUGUCUAAAAUAUUCCCACUAAUUUGGUACUUAUUUAUUAUGCAAAAAACACCACCUUAUUCUAAUUAUAAUAAUAAAAUGAACAAACAAUGUUAUUCUGAGCUAAAAAAAACUUUAAUGAAUAAAAAUUUGACUGUAGUAAUAUAAUCAUAUGCACGAAGGGAUAUUAACCGACAAUUCUCGUCACGACAAACAAAAUUAAGUCAAAUUAUGAUAUAAAUAAAUAUAAAUAUGCUAAAAAUACUCGUGAGCAUUUAGUUUACGUAAAACCUAUGUACAAGUGUAUAUAUGUAUUUAGAUCUAGUAUUACGUGAUGUACUAAGAAUCAUGUAAUUUCAAUUCAAAUCUAUCAUAAAACGUCCACAAAUUUUAAUUAUAUUAAUCCAAUAGACAAAUUAAGCUUGGUAUAGAUGUCUAUAGUAUGUUACGUGUCUUAGUAUAGUGAGAUAUAUUUUAGAAUAUUCAUAUAAUUGUGUAAUGGCCUUUGAAAAUAUAUUCGUUAUCUAAGAAUUGCAUAAAUUAAGCUCAAAAAUAUUUAAAGACCGGGCUCAAAAACUGUUUAUUGCUUAAUCUUUGUGUAAUGAUAUAUUUAGUAAAAAGGUGUACCUAAAAUACAAAGAAACCCUUAUAAUUUUCUUGAAAAACACUUAAUCAAAUAAAAUUUAAUUAUAAUGACGGAACGUCAUAUGAGUAGAUAUAAUAGAUAGCUUAUGAAACUGUAAUGUACUUACGGAAUUUGUUGUAUUAGUUUAGAGGCUUGUAUUGUAACUGAUGUAUGUAAAUAAAAAAAAUGUUUAUCAUUACAAA